AUAAAAAUUUGUUUGAAUAUGAUUUCUGCUAUUAAAAAAAUGCAAAGCACAGAAGGAAUUUAACCUCUUCAUUUCUGUAUAAGGAAAUUGAGCUACAGCAGUGAAAUAAUAACUCAGACUUCCAGUCCCACCUCCUUUGUCGCUGCUCCUGUCCUGCUCUGCGCCAAGAAGGCAGUGGCAAGUCUGGAGACGGCAGAGAACACUUUCUGUAUGCAAGGAUCGCGCACCUCGCCUCUGAGUUGUGCUGAGUUCUCCAGCUUUAGCUGGGAGCCCCAUCUUGACCCCAGACUCUGGUUGGGUGAUAAGGAAGGUGGAAUCUGAGAUGGAGAAUCGGCCCAAGGAGGUACCUGGCGGUGAGGCGGACAGCAAGUCAUUGCUAAGCAGGAUCGCCAGCUGCUGGGCUGGGGGCAACUGGGAAAAUUCUGAAGGUGCAAACUGGUGGGGUGCUGAGGAUCGUUUGGGGUGAGAGUGGGGAAGCACGCUGCCGAGGCCCUUUAUAACCACUGCAAUUCGCUGUGCGGAGCUCCAAGCCCCUCCUACUUGGAUGGGUCCCCAGUCACGCCUUUGUUUGGGGUGGAGGUGGGGGUUAGAUAUGCAGACGUGGGGAACCACUUGUCAUUUCGAAGUCAGUCUUUUCCUAUUGAUUAAUUUGCCCAUCAACGAAGACACGACUCUCCUAGGGUUCGUUGUGGCCCCCACCUCACAGGUGUGGGGAGGAAAUCCAGGCCAGAGUCCCGGGUCGACUGCCCACGUCCAGGCCGCAGAGCAGCAGGCGUUCGGGAGCAUGGGCUCCUGCACGGAAAAUCCAGGGUCCUGCGUCCCUGGUGCCAGAGGUCCAGGGGUCCCGCGUCCGGAGUGCAGGUCCGAAGGUCCCGGGUCGGAGUGCCCAGGGUCCCGGGAGUCCCGGUAUCCGAGGUCCAGGGUCCCGGGGACCCAGGUCGUCCCAGGUCCUGGCGUCCAAGGCCCGAGCCCCCAUUGCGCGCACGCCCCACCUCGCGCUUCAGCGCCAGUGGGCGCGCGGUCCCCGGGCGGGGCGGAGCCUCCGUGUUGCUGUUUUCAGGGCUCCACCCCCGGGGGCGCGGACCACGCGGCCGGCGGGCCCGCCCCCGCCCAGCUCACCGCCCCUUUGUAUCCAACAUCCGGGCUUCCCCGCCGGCCGCUCCGCGCCGCGCUCGGGAGCCAUUUUGGACGCGGUUCAGCUCCCCUCCCCCCACCCCUCCCCCGUUCAUGGCCCCUCCGGACUCGGCCCCUGCGCCCGGGGCCCGGGCUCAGCCCCGCCGCGCUAUGCCUGAGCCGGGCGCGCCCCGGCCCGCGCCCCGCCGCCGCCCCCCAGCCCCCGCGUCGCCCCGGAACCCGGGCCGCAGCCCGCGCCGCCCGCAGCGACCCUGAGCCUGGCCCCCGGAGCCUGCAGCUGCCGGACGAAGGCGCAGGAAGCGCGCGGGGAGUGAGGCCGAAGGAAGGGGCGGGAAGGAGAGCGCGGCCGCCGCCGGACCCUACGCGCGGGCUCCGGGCGUCCGCGGGAGGCGUCGCAGAACAUGACGGCGCCCUGGGCGGCCCUCGCCCUCCUCUGGGGAUCGCUGUGCGCGGGCUCCGGGCGUGGGGAGGCUGAGACGCGGGAGUGCAUCUACUACAACGCCAACUGGGAGCUGGAGCGCACCAACCAGAGUGGACUGGAGCGCUGCCAGGCUGAGCAGGACAAGCGGCUGCACUGCUACGCCUCCUGGCGCAACAGCUCGGGCACCAUUGAGCUCGUCAAGAAGGGCUGCUGGCUGGACGACUUCAACUGUUACGACAGGCAGGAGUGUGUGGCCACCGAGGAGAACCCCCAGGUGUACUUCUGCUGCUGUGAAGGUGACUUCUGCAACGAGCGCUUCACCCACUUACCAGAGGCUGGGGGCCCAGAAGUCACGUACGAGCCACCUCCGACAGCCCCUACCCUACUCACGGUGCUGGCCUACUCGUUGCUGCCCAUUGGGGGCCUGUCCCUCAUCGUCCUGCUGGCUUUCUGGACGUACCGGCACCGCAAGCCCCCCUACGGCCACGUGGACAUCCACGAGGAACCUGGACCUCCUCCUCCAUCCCCUCUCGUGGGCCUGAAACCGCUGCAGCUGCUGGAGAUCAAGGCUCGGGGUCGCUUUGGCUGUGUCUGGAAGGCACAGCUCAUGAAUGACUUUGUGGCUGUCAAGAUCUUCCCACUCCAGGACAAGCAGUCGUGGCAGAGUGAACGGGAAAUCUUCAACACACCUGGCAUGAAGCAUGAGAAUCUGCUGCAGUUCAUUGCCGCCGAGAAACGGGGUUCCAACCUUGAGGUAGAGCUGUGGCUCAUCACGGCCUUUCACGACAAGGGCUCCCUCACGGAUCACCUCAAGGGGAACAUCAUCACGUGGAACGAGCUGUGUCAUGUGGCAGAGACAAUGUCAAGAGGCCUCUCGUACCUCCAUGAGGACGUGCCCUGGUGCCGUGGCGAAGGCCAUAAGCCGUCUAUUGCCCACAGGGACUUCAAAAGCAAGAAUGUAUUGCUGAAGAAUGACCUCACAGCCGUGCUGGCUGACUUUGGUCUGGCUGUCCGGUUUGAGCCAGGGAAGCCCCCGGGGGACACGCACGGGCAGGUGGGCACGCGGCGGUACAUGGCCCCUGAGGUGCUUGAGGGAGCCAUCAACUUCCAGAGGGAUGCCUUCCUGCGCAUUGACAUGUACGCCAUGGGGCUAGUGCUGUGGGAGCUCGUGUCCCGCUGCGGGGCUGCAGAUGGACCUGUGGAUGAGUACAUGCUGCCCUUUGAGGAAGAGAUAGGCCAGCACCCAUCACUGGAAGAGCUGCAGGAGGUGGUUGUGCACAAGAAGAUGCGACCUGCCAUUAAGGACCACUGGCUGAAGCACCCGGGCCUGGCCCAGCUCUGUGUGACCAUUGAGGAGUGCUGGGACCACGAUGCGGAGGCUCGGCUGUCUGCGGGCUGCGUGGAGGAGCGGGUGUCCCUGAUCAGGAGGUCAGUCAACGGCACUACCUCGGACUGUCUUGUCUCCCUGGUGACCUCAGUCACCAACGUGGACCUGCCUCCUAAAGAGUCGAGCAUCUAAGCCCAAGACUGGAGCAGAUCUCCAGACCCAGCGGAUCUGCAGAGGAAAGGAAAAGUUGUGCUUUUUUUUUUGGGAUCCCGUAACAUCAACAAACACAUAAAAUGCAGCUGCUGCUACUUUACCUUGACUUUUUAUUAUUAUUAUAAUUAUUAUAAUUAUUAUUAUUAAUAUUAUUUUUGGAUUGGGUCAGUCUUUACCAGCACAUUGCUCUACUGUAUGGAAACAGCAGCCCGUCAGCAGGCGCUGAGGUGCUGAGCUGGAAUGCAGAACCAGCGCCGAGCUGAAGGGCCCCGGCCACCGCCUGGCCCUGCGGUCCGCUUUUCCCACUUUCUCUGUGUUUGUUGUCUCAAGGACACAAAGAAACCCAUCUCCUGUCUUAGGAAACUUAAUGCUGCAAACUCUGCCUAGAGGAGCCUUUGAAGACUGUUACACAAGGACACGCCUUCCUCAGGAGAGGAUCCCCUCUGCCCUUGUCCCCCACUGUGUUUUCUCCCUUUGUGACAGUGAGCUUAAGAGACAGCAGAUGUGUCUUUCACGGAUUAGCGGUAUUGUCCUGACCCAGCAGCGCUAGGAUGCCGCUGGUUUGGACUCCGCAGUGGGAAGGGGAGGACCGGCUGGGCUGGGGUUUGGGACUGAGCUGCACUGGACUCGCACAGUCGGCAUGACACCCUCCGCAGCGAGGCCACUUCUCAGGUAACCAGGAGUUGAGGGGAGAGGACGUGAGGAGGCUGAGCGUUACUGGCAACAGCGGCGUUUGGAGAAAGUCUGAGAGCAGAUGUGGCUCUGACCCACCUGCAGGUCCUGGCCAGGUUUCCCACUAAUGUGGGCUUGGGCACAAGGCAAAACAUCUUUUCUGCCCUAUUUUGAAGUUAGGUAAGGGUGGAGAUCAUCAUGUGGUAGUGAGUACGUACAUUCUCUGAAAGACAUGAUGCUAUAAAUAUCUUUACGGAGGAAAAAGUUAAAUGAUUGCUUCCUCCUGGAGCAGUUCAGGGAGGUGCCCGCAGGGUGCCCUGCACAGCCUGGGAGGGGCCUUGCGGGGGCCUGCCAUGGCCUGCCUCUGUGAAGACCCCGAGGGCCUGGCAGCGCUGGCUCUGCCCUGUGUGGUGACAUUGUCCCUUUCUGUGGCUCGAGGACACAGCUUUCUCCAGACCCCGUGAAGAGGUGCAUAUUCUCAAACCCGUUUCUCUGUUAUGCCAUACUUGCUCUAGUCAGUCGGUGAAUGUUCCUAAUGCUGCUGUUUCAAUAUUUGAAUUUUUUUUUUAAUUUAUGAAACAUGCAAAAUUUUUAAGACAAAACACACAUACAUCCACGUAUACACACAUGCUUUGCUACGUGGCUUCCGAGGUUUAAAUUUUGAAAAGUAAAAGAAUUAAAACUUCACGACCACAGACCACCUCAAACCAGAAAUACCUCAGAAUUUUUCUACUUGUGUAAGUUUUAUUAUAUAUUUUAUUAGUUGUGUUGUCUUGUAGUAAGUAUAUUUUAGUGUAAGUUGGUUUUUAUGAUGGGAAAGUUUAAAAGAAAUAGAGAAAAAGAAAAAACGGUUUGCAUCUUCUAGGGAGUGCUGCCAUCUUCGUUUGAUUACGCCCCCCUGUAAAUACCCAUCAUCAGCCGUGGGUCGGCCGUCGGUCCCAGGCUGGGCACUCAUUGUCCUUGUUCGUGAAGGCUUUUCCUUCUGGUUUCUUCAGACCAUUUUAUUCAAAAACUGGAUCUCUUAAUCUUGAGGGCAAAUUGACUUCGGUGAGAAGAGGCAAGGGACAUCCCACCCUGAGCUCCUGGGAGAUGUUCCCUCAGCUUGAGGGGUGUGUGCUCGUAAUGACAAGUGACUCCACUUUAACUCGGUCAGACUGUGGUCCUUAGACCACAUGAGGUAACUUUACCUGAGGCUUAACUUCGUGAGCAAAUGAGCAGCAUUGAUAACCAGGGACCUGAGGUCCCAUCUGCACUGCGACUGGGCAGCCUGGUGCAUGUGGGGCAGGGUCCCUGGUCUCACAGGUGCCCGACCUCCCCGCGGGUGCUGCUCUGCCAGUUUGGGCACAGGCUGUGGCAGGAGGCAUGUGUGCCCUGCUCUGGAAACUCAGUGGGUGCUGCAUGGGUUGUGGUGUCAGCUGGCCAAGGUGGUUACAAGGACAGGUUUUGUUUCUGUGUUUUGGUAAGCUACAUCGUCACUGUCUUUUUUUUGAAGUAUUUUGUGCUGUGGUGUUUUUCUUCCCUCAGAAUAAUUUUUAACAGCAAAACAGGCCUUACAGCAGUUGCUUUUCUUCUCCAUUUAUUUCUUUGAGAAGCUUUAAAAUAUUUAUUGAAAAGUGCCAUAUCUAAUUUCUUUAGCUUUCUCCUCAGGCAUUGCCGGGCAUCUCUAUUCUUCACCCUCAGAGGAAACGAACCGCUAGCGGACAUAAGAUGUAGCUAAUUCAGGACAGGAACCAUCAGGCCACGGAUCCUACCCCAUGUGGAACACUAACCCUCUGCCUCUCCGUGUGGUCUCACAUUUCCUCUAGGUGAUUUUUCUUUUGAUUCUCGGGAAAACAGGUGUUGGCCCGGUUGUGGAGGGCUGAGCUGCGGCCCUGGGGUGGGCCUGCUGGUCAGGAUGUGGCACAGACAGGGAAGGCCUUCCUGGCGGCCUGUGUGUCUUUUUUCUGUGUGGGCUCCACUCUGUUGGCCCUGGCUCAGCUGCUGUCGCAUCCCUUUGGGGCCUGGGCACCAGAAUGAAGUGCCAGGUGACGACACUGUGUGGUAAGGCCGGGAACAGGGGAGAGUUCAGCAGCUGCCGUUUCCCCCACGCUGUGGUGAAAAUACACCCAGGCAGCACUGUGACUGCGGCUGAUGGCUAGAAGGCAAGACUCUUCCCAAGGCAUGCUGUGUGGCUGAGAGCCUGGGUGGGGCCGCCACCUCAGAUGAAGGGUCGGUUUGCCAUCAUGUAUUCUUAAGGGCCUGAACCUCUACAGCUCUGGUUUGUGUUCAUUGGGUUUAGGACCUCUGUCUGUGCUCUUCUCCACAAAGAGCAUCCACUUCUGGGGAGCUCAGAUAACUUCCCCUUUGUCCCCCUGAGCUCUGUGGAAGCCUGGUGGGAAUGAAGUCUGGCACCCUGUUCCAUGCCCAUGAAAAGAGGCUGCCCUGUGUGGGGUGGAAGGUGGCCAAGUGAGGGGACAGAAGCGUGGCCAUAGACCCUUGCUCCUCUUUUCUAGUGCACUGCCAUCCAGGCAGGCCCCUGGCUUGUGAAAGGCUUUGGGGGAGAAAGUGAUCUGUCUGAAAACUCAGAUCUGUUUAAUCCCUGUGGGAAGACAUCCUCAGCCACAGAAACCCAGGAAUGAGCAGGAGAAGGAGGAAGCAAGCAGGGCAGAGGCCACUGUGUCGGUCCAUACAGAGAACUCUCAGUGGUGGAGGGGCCAGGGAAGUUCUUGGCAUAGUCAUUGGAGCAUCCUACAGCUGGCAGGGGCCGGGCUUUCUGCUGUGACCAUUGGUCCUACCAGGAGUCCUUCUUUGGGUGAGUUACUCAAGGCGAGGCCUACAAAUGGCCCAUUCUUAGGGAAAGGGCUGCCUGGCUGUGAGGGGUCUGGUGCAGAUCACCAGUCCCUGUUGUUCAGCCUGGCCUUCCUGUUCUGGCCUCUUGGUUCCCAGUGGGUGUCUAAAGGGAUCAGUCCUGCCUGGGGAGGGCUUCCCCAGGUGCACCAGCUGCAUCUGACCCAGGAUUCAGCCUCUCUGGACUUGGGGGCAUGUGUACAGAACAAGAAAGGACCUCUCCCAGCCUUGCACAUCUUAGAGGCUCAAGCCCACCCCUGCCCUCCUUACGUACUCUUAGCCAAGGGAAGGGUCUCUCAUCUCCAGGCCACUGUGAUAGUUCUCCCACUGUCCCCAGGAUCAGGCCAGCCUUGUUAUGGUUUGUCACGUCAGGCUUUAGCCAGCACUCUUCUGCUCCCACCUUCUCUCUAGCUGGUACAGUCUUGCUCCCUGCUACCCUGGGUGCUUGGGCUGUGUGUGGUGUUUCCUGGGUGACAAGCCCGACUGUGUAUGGUAUGUCCACCAUGUGUUGCGUGUGGCCCAGAAAGCCUGCCACGAGGGCAGGGAGGUGGAGGCGGCUGGCCCACCCAGGGUGAGAGGACUGGAUGGCCCUUUGGCAGAUAAAAUUUCCCUUUCUUUCAAUGCAAUGUGAAGUUCCCAGCACCUGUUGGUUGUAUAAGGAUUUGAUGUUUUUUAGUUACAUAGUAAGCUUAUGUGUGUAAGUUUUUAGACUUGGUACUAGAAGUCAACAGCCAGGCAUUAUUCCUGAGAAAUUGACUCACUAGAAAAAUAUCUCCAUUGGGAAGCAUUUCCAGGAGUUAACUCAGUUUGAUCCUCAGUCCCAGAUAUUGCAGUUGUUUGUUGAGUUCUUAAUGGCUUAUCUUUGGAGAUACGGCCAGACCUGGUUCGAGAACUGAUUCACAUUUCAGGGGCUGUAAACUGCACCUUUCCAAGAACGCAGUGAAUUUACUCUUUGACUCUCCUCAUCCAGGGCGAGCAGCCAGGAAGGAAACAGGGCAAGAUGGCUUUUCUCUGCAUUUGGAUGUCAUGAAUUCUCCUUGGUCGAUGGAUGUUUACAAAAGCUGAACUAAUAAAAUACUCAGCAGCUAAUGUGUUCAGCUAGUAAUGAUGAGUUUAAUUCUCUGUCAACAAUUAUGUUUUAGAUAAAGAAGCAGGCCCAGUAAUUCAGUGAUGAACUGUUUAUCUUCUCAGUCUUGACUUGUAAACAUUUAAUGAAUUCAGGGUUAUAUGCAUAGUUCUUUAAGAUUCCUGGUAGUUGAUUUGUAACCAGCAAUCCACCUAUGAAUGUAUCCCAAACCUUUAGAAGGUUUGGAAAAGUUUUUUAAGAUAAUGAUUUAGUUUUGUAGCAAAAAAAAUUGAAGUUUAAAAUGCUCCCCUGAGAAACUAAUUCCGUUUACUCUGCUGCAUUUUAAAAACAGUUAGUGGGUCCAGGAGACUCAUAAACUAUCUUCACAUAAAAUUUCAAAUUAUCUAAUGGGAUAUUUUGAAUAUUCCUAUCUUAUACCCAUUUUGGGUAUACUGUAAACUUUGGCUUGGACAAGAUUUUGAAUUUAAAAGAUUUAUCACCACUUAAAUUUCUACCAAGCAUUUACAUUUUUGUGAGGAUAUCUUCCUAUGAUGAAACAGGACCUUUUGAUUGUGGUACCACAUACCCCCAUGGUGCCAAGACCAGCGAUACUGUAUUUGCUCCUAUGGCAGCUUGUAGAGAUAAUGCAAGUGGUUUUCCUCAUGGAUUAAAACUCAUAUUCCCUAAAUGCCCAUGUGUGGUGAUGGGCCCUGUAUUGCCCUUUCCUCCAGGAGUGUUUGGGGAUUAUCUGGGGCCUAGGCAAUUCUGAGAACUAUUACAAGCCAACUACAGGACACUAAGGAAAUGGACACAUGGGUCUGUGUGGAUGUAGUGGACUCUACAAAUGUGGGCUCUUCUGGACAUCUACAGAAAAGUGUUACAUUCAUUUGCAUGCAAAGUUUACAUUUUUUGAGCUCACAGGAUGAAAAAUAUGAUCCAUUAACCCAAUGUUGGACAGGUAAGGUUUUCUGCAAAUGGAGUUGUGUCUAAAGUCCUGGGAGUUUCUGCUGUUUGUUGGGCAUGGGCUCAUCCCCCGACUUUCGGGGUCAUGUCUGCAUCAGAAUGUUGUUAGGUAGCACUGUAAAUAAAAGAAUAGGUUAUAUCAUAGAGAUACAACCCUUGAAAUUUUACUUUAAAAGUUCUAUAGCUCUACAUAUAUAUUUAGUUAUAUCACCUGACAGAUUCUUCUGCAUAGUGUGGAGAUUUUUUUAUACCACAGAUUAUUUUUAUAAAGUCUAGUGAGUUUGAAUAAGAAUGAUUUUGUAAUCUGAGUAAUGAGCUUUACCUUUCAAGAUAAACAUACACUGGAGGAUAAGUGGUGUGGAGCUUUACUUAGCACUCACAUGGCUUCUCGUGAUACACUGGCAGAUUGGAGUCCAUUUAUGGGUCUUGCAUGGCCGAAACUCCACUUGUGGCUGGGGACAGUGAUGCGUCCGCUCAGCUCCUUGGAGAGUGGGAGGAGCGGGGCCAGGGAGAGGCAAGAGGAGCCUGCAUUUGUGCUUCCUCCUGGUAUUUCUUUGGAAUAAAGGGUUCUGAGGUUAAAAUUUAGUUCAUACGUUCCUGCAUUAGGAUGUAGUAGCGUGAGGGUAUUUGGGGGAACAGAACUUGCUUGGGGGCACAGAUCGGGGCAUGUUGGGACUAGAAUCAGAUUCAGGCUACAGACAUGUGACAUGAGGAUUUGGUGAUUUGAAUAAUUACCAAACUGAAUUAUCUAGGACCAAAUUACCGAGUUUUCAGGACAGUUUCCAGUUGAGUAAUUAUUCGGCAAGGGAGAGGGUGGCCUGUGAGCACAGUGACGGGGCUGCUGGGCACACUCUGUCCCGUUUGGUUGGGGCUGUUGGGGGUGGGCUUGUGGCUUCAGUCUAGGAGUCAACCAGGAGCCCAUUGAGAGAGCUCAGAGCCCAGGGCCAGCAGGUGCCUUUGAACUGUCUGUACAGUUUUUCCUGCUCUUCCUGCAAAGGUCAGCAUCUCUGCCACGGAUGGAGGGUGGUCUUCAUGUCAGCCCUGUUACUUUGGGGAAGAAGUGAAUGGUCUCUUGGGAGAACUUUGUGGAUGGGGACAGGGGAAGGAAUAAUGAGGCUGAUUGUAUCUGUAGUUGCCAGUCCUGAGUCCCUGUGGAAGGCUGUCCCCCAGGCCCCGCCUACUGAGUCCGGGGCUGCUGUGCUCAGGUGCACGGCCUGGGGCUGUUUCCUCAAGAGAAUCCCUAAGGUGUCAUUUAAAACCAGCUGUGAUUUUUAUUCAGUCUGGCCUCAAGUUUUACACUUCACCCCUGUUGCUCUUGGAACCCACUGCGUUUCAGCAGAUCCAGUAGCACCCCUGGAGCUGACCCAUCGUUCCUCUCCCUGCUCCCCAUAAAGGGACAUUUCUCUACUCUCCAGCCACGUGUCUUGGAAUGUAAUUCUGUUGUGCCUUUGUUUUUGUCACCUGCCUACCCCCAAAAGCAACUGCUGUAAGCUUUUUUCUCCUGUCUUUUCUAGCCCAACCCCCUCCUUUCCCUUUUCCCAGCUGUUAAUUUCUGGAUGCAGUUUUGUGCUCCAGGUAUUUAAAGAACCAGUUACCUCAGACCUCAUGUGAACAGUGCCACCAUCUGGGUCCUCUUGAUCCUGCAGGUUUGUAACAUACACAUGCAGGCACCCUGCCAAGUAUGGGCACUUACUGUUUUAAAGUAAAAACUCUUCCCAAAGACUGAAAGGGGCUUCUGGCAAGCUCUUCAUGGCACUGUGGUAGGAUGGGUCUAGCGUGUCAUCGAAUGGUGCUUCCUGUGUUCUUUGAAUUCUGCCAUUUUCAGUAUUCUCAUGUCUGGAUAGGCAAAAUAAUUCAAUUGGUUGGUUUUGCACACAAACUAGUUCCAAAGAUGAGCUCUUUGUAACACAUUUCCAGUCGCUAAAGCUCAAAUGUAGAACAUUCCUUUAAAUGGCAGAGUUAAAACCCCACCGUCCACCAUAGUGCACUUGGGAAGAUGUCUGUAGCAUAUGUUGCUGUGAAAUUAGGCCUUGUGAGACAUGGCUGUUUGUCAUUUUGAUGUAUUUUAAAUAAAUAUAUAUAUAUUUUUUAAAGA